AUGGAUAUCUACACCUCCACGUUAUCACCAGCGGUGGACAUCGGCGCAGGUUGUUAUCUGCUGUUUGUAGCUGUCUUCUCCAUCAUAGGAAACCUGCUGGUCCUCAUCAUGGCAGUCAAAAGGUCCUCAAGGAUGAAACCGCCGGAGCUGCUGAGCUUGAAUCUGGCGGUGACAGACCUGGGAGCAGCUGUCACCAUGUACCCCCUGGCUGUGGCCUCAGCCUGGAGACACCGCUGGCUCGGGGGAGAUGCUAUCUGCAUUUAUUACGCCAUGGCAGGUUUCUUCUUCGGCAUCGCCAGUAUCAUGAGCCUGACCGGCUUGGCCAUAGUGCGCUUCAUUGUGUCCCUCAAUCUGCAUUCACCCAAUGAGAAAGUCGGCUGGAAGAAGGUGAAGAUGCUGUGCUUGUUGACUUGGCUGUACGCUCUGGUCUGGGCUGUGUUCCCCUUCAUGGGUUGGGGACGGUACGGCCCGGAGCCCUUCGGCCUGUCCUGCUCUCUUGCCUGGGGACAAAUGAAACACGAGGGCUUCUCUUUCGUCAUCUCUAUGUUCUCCUUUAACCUCAUCCUACCUUGUGUCAUCAUCGUUUGCUGUUACUUUGGCAUCGCCUUCAAGCUUUAUUUCACCUACAGAAAGUCAAGCAACAACAGCAACCAAAUCCCCAACAUUGUCAAGCGCCAUCGAAGGCUGUUAGUGAUCGCUGUGGUUAUAAGCUUAGGUUUCAUAGUCUGCUGGUCGCCCUAUGCUAUAGUAAGCAUGUGGUCUAUUUUACAAGACAGUAGCAGCAUCCCACCUGAAGUCAGUCUCCUGCCGUGCUUGUUUGCAAAGAGCUCCACCGUAUACAACCCUUUGAUCUACUACAUCUUCAGCCAAAGAUUCAGAAAGGAGGUAAAGCAGCUGUGGCUGCACUUCGUCUCGAACCUGUGCCAUGUCUCCAACAGCAUCAAUGACACCGGCAUUUAUAUGGUUUGCACUACCGGUAAGUCCAAUGUGGAAGUACUGUCUACUUUCAAAGAGAUCACGGAGUGAAAGAAUUUGGACUGAGAGACAAGAAAGACUUUUUAGCCUCAUGAAGUGUUGUCUCACAAAUGUUGUAGGUUUUUGUCUUUUGUCCAGUACAACAGGUGUGUGCUAUUAUAACAUUACAAGCAGGUUAGCCCUGGCCUCUUAUGUGUGCGGCCACAAUGAAUGAAUGGAAGGGCAUGUUUGCACAAUAUGUUAAAAUGCUGUGAACGUUAAGCCAACCAAGCUAUAGAUUAGACUUAACUCUGUGCUUAUAGGUGGCUAUAAAAUCAACCUUUAUUUUCACACAAUACAAACCAAAGGUUGUACAGAAUAUGACAACAACAAGAGGUGUUUACUUUAAUGCUUCAGGUUUAAUCUGUGAUAGAUCUUUCUUUUUUUUACACUACAUCAGCAUCUUCCAGAAAAUGUUGAUUAAGUGACAGAUGGUAGAUCAUGUUUCAUAAGUCUGCCUCUGAAAAUGUUUACAAGAAUAACGCAUAUUGUUCGUGUUUACCCUGUCUAAUGAAUGUACGUUGCUUUCUCCUAUCAUUUGUAGCAGCACUGUAAAUGUUGUACAGUACAAGGAAUGUGACCAGCUAUUAUAUUUUAAGGAUAAGAUACGAUUGUCACUAUUCUUUUCAUCUUUGUAUUACAAACUAAUUUGGACCAAAACCAAAUGUUUUAUUUAUUUUAAUUGUCACGUAUAGCCAUUAGACUAGUUCAUGUCAACAAAAUGCUUUUAUGGCUCUUUUUUGUACAGUUUGAUAUUUUGGGAAAUAUGCUCAUUUGGUUUCUUAUUGAGGAUUUGAUAAGAAGAUUGACACCACUUUCAUUUUUGAGUAGGUUAAAUAUGACGCUAUAGCCAGCUAGCUUAGCCUAGCAUAAAGACUGUAAGCAGGGGGAAACAGCUAACGUAGUUCUGUCAGACAGGUGACAGAUAUCUGCCAAAAAGUGUUUUUAUGCUUCAGUUUUUGUGUGAAGAAAACAAAUGAGAUAAUACAAUUAUGUUAUAGGAUAACUUUAUUCUCAAUUUUAUGACAUUGGUCCAUUAUUGAGCGAGAACGCUGCAGAUUGCAUCCGCUAAUCCGUUUGGGGCAACUCCUCACCGUCAAUUCACGUCCUCUAUAAGCGCUUGUUUUUGCCACUGACAGGUUCAGAUUGUUAUUAUAAGUGUCUGAUAACAUUAUGAAAGGACGCUACGGAUCAUUUUGAAAAUAUGGAUGCGAUGCCAGAUUUCAGAAGGAGACUUCUCCUAGCUGUUGCCAGUCUUUGUGCUAAGCUAAGGCAAGCUAACUACAAGGGUGGUAUCAAGCCUGUCCUUUAUUUCUCAAAGAGAAAGCAAGUAAGUCGAUUUCCCAAAAUGUCUAACUUUUUAUUUGAACGUUUUUGAACAUGGAGUUGAGCUAAACAGUCCACGGGUGACUUUGGAAACAGUGGUGAACAAAACAGUCGGCUAGCUCGUGUUCUGGAGCUUUCGACCGCAUCUCACAGUCCUCAUUAGUAUAUUGGGUUUGCUCAGUUACCGUGAAACUUCUAAGUGGACGAGAAGUCGUAUAGGUGCUCACAAUGACAGAAGGUUUGAACCUCUACAGUUCCAUGGCACUGGACAAAUGCUGCCUCCCAACGAGAGCCAUGUGAUGCAGUCGAAGGCGCCAGAAUGAACGAGUUACUCGACCUUUGGGAUUGUUUCGUCAGUAACAAUGUUAGUUCUAAGUCACAAAAAGCUACCUCAAGCUCUGACUUUACAGUUAGUGCGUGUUAAACAUUUUGUUUUUUGGCCUUUUAAUUGGAUUUGUUAUAUAGAUAUAUGUAGAGGAUAAAAUCAAGCUUUAUUUAAAUCAUUUGCAACUUUGUAAACACUCUGAACUAUGAAAACAAAAGCUUUUUAGAAAUCAGUGUGUCGCCGAUUUUCAUCGUAUCACCAGUUUACUGCCGGAAGUCACUGUACAGAACAACAGCAUAUUAUUAAAUAUAACUCAGCUUAAAAUAGGAUUACUGUGUUGAUAAUCAUGUUAUGUCACUACACACCUCUCUGUGAGAACUGUUCUCAUUUUUCUUUACUCAGGAAAUGUAUUUUUUUCUCAUAAAUCCAUCUGCAGUCUAGCAUUUCCCUUUUCAAACUUCCCCUUUCAAUGAGCUUCACUGACUAAAUAGUGUUUGCUGUGUAAUGUGUAGCUCCUUUUUGU